AUGGCCUUCCGUGCUACACAGUUUUUGGCCGUUGGCUGUCUACUCCUGGUCGCUGUCAAUGCUGCUGCCAUUGAUAAUUCAGUGGGCGAGCCACGCCUAAAGUCCUCGGAGGACUUACUCUCAAACAUUGUGGAUAAUUGCUUUAAUGCCAAUGGCAUGAGUUGCAUCAAAGAGAAAGUGCUGAAUUACCUCGAUGGAGUAGCUGGUGUGGAGGAGGAGGUUAGUGGUCGUGCCCUCAGUGAUGAUGUUUUGGAUAAAGUGAUUGUGGAUCGUGUGGCACGUAUCUUGAACGAUAAUGAGAUUCGUGUUGAAAUGCCUGAUGCUUCAGUGAUCAGUUACCGUGUCGAUCGUGGUUUUGAUUUGGAAGUUCCCCAAACUGAAGCCCGCAACCGUCGCAAGAAGAACAAGCUCACCACUAGCUUGUUGUUGGUGGUCCUGUUGAAAUCCAUCAUCAUGCCCAUUAUGAUGGUCUUGAUCAAACUGAAGGCCAUCAAGGCUUUGAUCCUAUCCAAAUUGGCCAUUAAACUGGUCUUGGGCUUUGUCCUCUACAACUUGUUCACCAAGUUGAGUGGUGCCAAAAUGUCCAUGAUGCCCAUGCCUGCUGCCAGCUACGAUCGCAGCAGCAGCUGGGAGUCUGCCAAUUCUAGUCCUUAUGCCCGUUCCGAUGCCCAAUACUUGGCCUACAACAGUUAUCAAUAAACGAACGGAUAGGUGGCAACGAGCUGAUUCUUGAAAACACAAUGAACGUAGUAAAAAUAACGAAAAGGAGACUGAAAACUAGUAAGGCAGAUUCAGAUCCUUUCUUUGCCUCCAAGAGG